UAAAAAAAAAAAACAAAAACAAAAACAAAACAAAAAACAAGAAAACAAAAAAGAAAAAAGGAAAAAAAAAAUUGCCAUCAUUCAUCAAAUGCGCGCGAGCUGACUUCCAGCGGUCUUUCUGCAAGUGUAGUGUGCAGAAAUGGCGAUCAACGGCAAACUAGGAAGAAGACGAUAACAACAGCUGCAUCAGAGGUUUACAGGCGCAAUUAAGGAGAUGUGGUUGGCUGAAGUGCACUCAUCAUGUGUGUACUCAUGGCAGUGACUCUGCUAAAGCUUUCCCUAAUACAAUGGCUGCAUAUAAUUUUGCUAUUCAUUCUCAAGAAGACUGCAUUGAGAUUGAUGUUUCUCAUUCAUCAGUUGGAGUUUUGUUUGCUCUCCAUGAUAGCGAUUUGCAGUAGAUGUCUGAUACCAGCACACCUAAAGUUGGCUACUUGAGUAUGAAAAAGAAAAAAGAACCGGAUGCCUCCCAUCAGUCUGACCAUCACAAAAUUUCUACAAUUGAAGAUGCAUUAAUGUCGAUACCAGGUUCAGUUCAGCAGGUGAUCCUAGAUGCAAAGGAUGGACCUCCAUCACCUGGAAAAGUCCUUGCAAAGGAUAUUCUUACAGUCGUGAGUUUUCAUUUGCUUUCACUGUCCUUUGUCUCCUUUCUUUUAGAUUUCUACUCUAGGAAAAUUUUCAAUUUUUUGUUGUUCUCGGAGAGAGUCACUAUAGCUUCCAGUGUCUGAUUCUUUCAUGAUUGUCUAUGGCUUGGGGCAGAAGCUGAAGUGAUUCCUGUGACAAAAACGAAAAAAAAAAAAAAAAAGGUUCUAAUAUAAGAUAAAAAGGGAG